CUGUUUUUUAAGGCAUUGUUUAAAGGUUGGCUGAGAAAACUUGAAGAAAGACAGCUCCCACAAUGAAAUUUUAAUGCUCUAUUCAUGUAUUUAAUGGAGGGAGGCUCUGAAUUGAAAAUGGUGUAAAUGGGCAUUUAAUUUUGAGGGCCGAUUGAUCAAUUUCUGUUGGGGUUUUCUCUCUUUUAAUUUGAGUGUCACUGAAAGAUUUUGGGAUCCGGGUCCUCUGUUUUUAGGGUUUGACUCUCUGAUAUUCUUGUUCGUCUCUGGUCCCUCUUUCUUUGGGCAUCUUGACUUCCCAAAUUUUCUUGUGGGUGUCGAUUUUUUCGUCAAAUUUCCUUGAUGGGGAUCUUAGAUUUGAUCUGGGUUUUAAAUUUCGCACUGAACCAGAGCUGGCUGAACCGCCAUUGCUGAGUUCAACUCAAGUUCUGAGCCUCUCUUCAUUUUUUUGAGGGAUUUUCUUUUUCCCUUCCGAAUUAGUUUUGAUGCAUUAUUCACUAUGGAAGCCGCUGUCUCACUGCGCGGCUUUGAUUAUGGAUAAGAAGAGUAGGAAGAAAGAUGGGUCCGAUUCGGCGAUUGAAAUCAAGAAAAAGAAGCUGAUUCUUCGAAAACUUGAAGAACAUAAGCUUAGAGAAGCUCUGGAAGAAGCUUCGGAAGAUGGGUGUCUCUUCAAAUCACAGGACGUGGGCUCUGACCCAGUUCCCAGCUUAGGCCGGUCGCGAUCGCUCGCCAGACUCCAGGCCCAGCGCGAGUUUCUUCAGGCCACAGCCAUGGCGGCCGACCGUACAUAUGAAUCGGACGACGCCAUUCCGGAGCUCCAUGAAGCUUUCUCCAAGUUCCUCACAAUGUACCCGAAAUAUGAGUCUUCUGAGAUGAUUGAUCAGCUUCGCUCCAAUGAGUACUCCCAUCUCAUGAAGGUAUGUCUUGAUUACUGUGGAUUUGGGCUGUUUUCUUAUGUUCAAACUCUUCAUUAUUGGGAGAGUUCUACGUUUAGUUUGUCUGAGAUUGCUGCAAAUUUGAGUAAUCAAGCACUUUAUGGUGGUGCUGAGAGAGGGACUGUAGAACAUGAUAUAAAGAGUAGGAUUAUGGAUCAUUUGAACAUCCCUGAGCAUGAAUAUGGCCUUGUUUUUACUGUGAGUAGAGGGUCUGCUUUCAAAUUGCUGUCUGAAUCAUACCCUUUUCAUACCAAUAAGAAACUGUUGACUAUGUUUGAUUAUGAGAGCCAGUCUGUGAAUUGGAUGGCUCAAUGUGCGAGGGAGAAGGGUGCUAAGGCAUAUAGUGCUUGGUUUAAAUGGCCCACUUUGAAACUCUGCUCGACCGAUUUGCGGAAACAGAUAACGAACAAGAGGAAGAAGAAGAAGGAUUUGGCUGCUGGGCUGUUUGUGUUUCCUGUUCAGUCUAGAGUGACGGGUGCUAAGUAUUCUUACCAGUGGAUGGCUCUGGCGCAACAGAACAAUUGGCAUGUUUUGCUUGAUGCUGGGUCGUUGGGUCCAAAGGACAUGGAUUCGCUUGGUUUGUCGCUUUUUCGCCCGGAUUUUAUCAUAACGUCGUUUUAUAGGGUUUUUGGGUAUGAUCCAACUGGUUUUGGGUGUCUUCUGAUCAAGAGAUCGGUGAUGGGAAGUUUACAAACUCAGUCUGGGUGUACUGGCUCUGGAAUGGUGAAGAUAACCCCCGAGUAUCCCAUGUACCUGAGUGACUCAAUCGACGAUCUCGAUGGAUUGGGUCGAAUUGAAGAUGAUGAAGUUGCUGGGGUUGUGGAUCAAACGUUUGAAACUCGUCAGGGAUCACAACUGCCUGCUUUCUCUGGUGCCUUUACGUCUGCUCAAGUGAGAGAUGUAUUCGAAACUGAGAUGGAUCAUGGUAACAACUCGGACCGGGAUGGAACAAGCACCAUAUUCGAGGAAAGUGAGACUAUUUCUCUUGGGGAGGUUAUGAAGAGCCCAGUAUUCAGUGAAGACGAAUCGUCAGAUUGUUCGAUUUGGAUUGACUUAGGUCAGAGUCCGCUAGGAUCUGAUAAUGCAAAUCAAUUGAAUAAACAGAAGAUUGCUUCUCCCCUGCCCCAGUAUUGGUUAAACGGAAAGAAGAACAAGCUACUCUCACAUAAACCAAAUUCUAAGAUUCACAGUCAUCUGACAUAUGACGAUCACAAAGAUUUUAACUCAGGGCCUUAUGACGAGCACCGUGUACUAUCUUUUGAUGCAGCUGUCCAGUCAGUCUAUCAGGAACUGGACAGUGUCGAGGAAGUUCCCAGGGAACUAUCUGCCGAAACAAGUGCCACAUCGGUUAGUAGUGAAAAGGAUUCCGAUACCAAAGUCAUUACAGAGAUCCAUGAAGUAACAGAAACUAGGAAACCACUUUCCAAUGGGUCCUCAAUCAAUUCUACACUAAACAAUGGAUUUCAUCUCAGCGGUUCAAAUUCCACAUCAGAAAUAUGUUCAGAGGUGAAGGAGAGCGCCAUUAGAAGAGAAACAGAAGGUGAAUUCAGGUUGUUGGGGAGAAGGGAAGGAACUAAACAUGUUGGUGGAAGAAUUUUUGGUUUGGAAGAGACUAGUAUGCAGAGCCGAGGAAGACGAGUUUCUUUUAGGAUGGAAGAGAAUGGUAAGGAGCAGUUAAACCAUAACGUCGAGACCGGAGAAGUAUCAGUGACUAGCCUAGACAACGAAGAUUAUACCAGCAAUGGAGAAUAUGGUGAUGAGGAAGAGUGGAACAGGAGAGAACCUGAGAUUAUAUGUCGACAUCUCGAUCACAUAAAUAUGUUAGGCCUGAACAAGACCACACUCCGGCUUCGAUUUUUGAUCAACUGGCUCGUCACGUCAUUGCUUCAACUAAAAUUUCCCGGUUCAGAAGGAAGCAACAAAGUGAACCUAGUUCAGAUUUAUGGACCAAAGAUAAAAUACGAAAGGGGAGCAGCAGUAGCUUUCAAUGUGAGGGACAGAAACAGGGGACUAAUCAACCCAGAGUUUGUUCAGAAGCUAGCUGAAAGAGAUGGCAUAUCUCUCGGCAUUGGAUUCCUUAGCCACAUUCGGGUCCUGGACAGCCCGAGACGCCAACACGGAGUGUUAAACCUCGAAGAUUCAUCCCUCUGCAGGCAGACCGAAAAUGGCAGGCGGGGGAAGAACGGAUUUGCUCGGCUCGAGGUAGUAACGGCUUCGUUAGGAUUCUUGACGAACUUCGAAGACGUUUACAAACUGUGGGCAUUUGUGGCCAAGUUUCUGAACCCAUCCUUCAUCAGAGAGGGGGCACUUGCUCCUGUUGAAGAAGGUUCUGAAACAACAUGAAGUUGAAGAGAAGCUAUUGGUGAGAUUUGUUCAUAUGGUGAAAGAAUCAAAUUUUUUUAAUUCCUUGUUAUGUUUAUAAUUGGUUAGAUUUUAGGAUCUGUUUCCUUUGAGAAUCUUGUAGAGGGAAGCUCUGGAAAUUUGGCAUCUUGAAGAGGUCAUGUAAAAUUUUUGGCUACUCCAUAUUAUACAUUAGCCAUAUAUUUAAUUGAAUGAAGCCUGUUCUUGCUCA